AUGUCAAGUAAUAAUUAUAACAAUAAUAUUAAAAAUAACAGUCAACAACAAUAUAAUAAUAACAAUAAUAGUAAUAGUAGUUACAAUGAAAGUACUAAAUUACUUGUAAAUAAUAAUAAUAAGAAAAAGAUAAAGAAACAACAACAACAAUUUAAUCGAUUUUGGCGACACAUUUCAAUUAUAUUUCAAAUAUGUGGGUUGUUGGCUCUAACAUUUACGGUGCUGCUUGGGUUACGCGCUGACGGUGUCAUUCAUUUUAACUGGUGGAUUGUAUUCCUACCACUGUAUGCAAUUAUAGUGAUUGCGUUGGUGUCUAGUGCUUCACGUCCAUUGGCCAAUGCUGUCCCGUGGAUUGUACGUGCUGUAUGGUGUAUAUGGGUGCUUGGAGCACUCUCAUGUGCCGGUAUGAUCACACUGCGACUCGAAGGAGUCGUGACCAUCUCUACUACCCAAGUGGUCGCACCAUUUUUCAUCGUCACUGCUGUCACUCUAUUGGCAGGCCUCUUUUCCAUCCUCAGAGGUGUCUGUUGUAUGCCUCCUACCCAUGCUAAUCGUCAACAACAUAUUCUAGGUGGUGCUAUCAUGAUCCUCAUAGGUAUCACUGUCGUUCCAUCCGUUGUUAUGGGUACUCUACGUAUAUCAAAUAUUACCAAUUUACAUUGGACUAUUACAUUUAUACCAUUAUGGAUUGGAGAUGCAUUUGCAGGAUGUGUCGCCUUUUUCUUGAUGUUGUUUAGUGCUGGUAGUGAUUCAUCGCCAUUUACAAUGUUUCAAAUACUUUCAUUUGAAUUUAUCAUAUUGUGUAGUGCAGCAUUUAAAGUGUUGUUUGCACUCGAUUUUGACCGCGGUCUAGAAUUAAUGAUCAUCGAGUUGUUGAUUCCAGUACUGGUCGGCGAGGUAUUUUUGACAUUAUGUGGCGUGAAUCUUCUUUUAAAACCUCCUAAACCUCAACAAGAUGAUUCUCAUGAUGUUGUUGUUUUAGAAGAUGAUGAUGAUGAUGAUGAUGAUGAUGACGACGACGACGACGAAGAUGAUGACGAUGAUGAAGAUGAUGAAGAAGAAAAAUUAGAUCAAGAAAGUCCAAAACAACCACCACAAAAGAGAUCAAGACAAUCACCUUCCUCUUCCAACACCAAGAACAACAAAAACAACAAUCUUAAAAUCAAUUCAAUAACAGUUAAAAAAGAUGUACAUCAAAUUCCAGAUGAAGCAAAUGCAGUUUAUGAGAAUCAUUUACUUUUACCCUCAGAUAGAAGAUUUUGGCAAGGUGUUUCAUUCAACAGUAACAAUAAUAGUUUUACAAGAAAUAAUGGUCCAUUCAAAGGAACACUAUCUCCAUUGUAUUAUUCUAAAAAUACUUCAAAUAUAAAACAAUCAAAUAAUAUUCUAUAUAAUAUUUAUAUUAGAACUGUGGUUUAUUCAAUUGAUACACCGAUCAUUGAUAGUGUUACCAAUAUUCAAUUUGGACAGCCAUCAAUGGUUACAAUCAACGGUAAUCAUUUCGGAAAAGAUCAAUCAUAUGUUUUAAUAACAACAAUGUUACAACAAAAGUGGUAUCUCUUGCAAAAGAGUGUCCUAAUAAUUGUAGUAAUCAUGGAAUAUGUAAUCGAAUGCAUGGUACUUGUAAUUGUGACAUUGGUUUUGACCUCUUAUUGGAUUGUUCAUUCAUCAUCACCGACUAGAGGGUGA